AUGGAGGUUGGUAUUGAGGACUGUCUGCACAUUGAAUUCGAAUACAACAAGUCCAAGUACCAUCUGAAAGAUGUAAUUGUAGGCAAGAUUUACUUCUUGCUCGUUCGCAUCAAGAUCAAACAUAUGGAGCUCUCAAUUAUAAGGCGCGAGACAACUGGCUCUGCUCCGAAUCAGUACAAUGAAUCAGAGACAAUCACUAAAUUUGAAAUCAUGGAUGGUGCCCCGGUGCGUGGAGAAACCAUCCCGAUCCGUCUAUUUCUUGGCGGGUUUGAGCUCACACCAACGUUCCUACGCGCUACUACCUCAACUUGGUAUUGA